AUGACGUUAACUUAUCCGGAUAUUGUGGCUACUGUGUCGGGCGCACUGCUAUUAGUCAUCGGUUUAAUCUGGUACUUCGUCCGCCCAGUCAGCCGAUUCACCUUUUCACGUCGGAGAUGUCCAUUGGCUAUACGAGACGAAGAGAAUCAACUAUUUUUCACAUCCAGUAAUCGCCUCUCCAGUAUCAGUACUUUCGAAACUAUUGGUAAUCUCACAAUCUCUCAAGAUCGCCGCCCUCUUCCCUCAGCACUAGACAUCAUCAAUCAUGUAGGGAUGGCUAUUGGUCUACCAGCAAGCGCAAAGCCAGUGAGAUUGAAAGACGUUCCAAGGGUAUCCUUACAUCUACCGCCUGUGACGCCUAUGACCCCGACAACAAAAGUCAACAUCGUUAUGAUGGAAGCUGAAGCCAAAGCUGGAUCCCUCCACACCAACAGCGAUGCUAUGCUCAACACAGCUACCUCGGGUCGAGCAUAUUUUGUACAUCUUGGAACUGCUCCUCAAGCACGGAACAUCGAGAACCAAGCUGAUGUUACUUCGCGACGUGGGGAACCUACUAUUGCCAUGAAAAAUCAUAACUUCGACCUUGGUCUGGAGACCUGUUUGGAUGAGCCCUUGGGGGAAAUCCAGGAUGUCUUUGUCAUUGGUCAUGAUGACGAUAAUGAGCCUGAACAAGUUAAUCUUGCUGAUUACAAGAUGGCUUAUGGCUUUGGAUCAGGUAGAUCUAUGGCAGCGCUCUAUCAUGCGGUGUAA